AUGCCGUUUAGGCCUCCACCUCUGUUUGCCAUCUCCAUCUCUCGACUUCCUUCCCUUCCUCCUUCGCCAUGGCAACCCAGCGGCAGCAACGAGAGAGCGUUCGUCGACGGCGGCGGAGCUUCGGUCUGGUUCAGCGGGCAGCAUCUUGUCUCCGGAGAUAUGGCUGCGACGUCGGGCUUCCAGAACACUUUGUUUCCGGAAAGACAGAGCAAACCGGUGAGCCCUGUUCUCCUUCCUCGGUUUUUCGGUGAUUGGAGCGGCGGCAGUCCAGAAGGGUGCAGUGGGCUGUUUCGUUGGAGGCGAGCUGUUGGCGGUGGCUUAGCUUGGUUCUCCGGCAGCUUGGACAGUGGUGGCGUUGGUCGGCUCUCCGGUGAACAGCAGAUUGGCGGAUGGUGGUUCUCACCCGCGGUUCCACCCGCUGCCUACAGUUUGCAUGGUAGUAAAGAUCGAAGAAGGCAUGUGACAUCCCAUGGAAUUAAUGCUGGGGAUGUGAAGAAGCUUCAGGAUGCAGGUAUCUAUACCUGCAACGGAUUGAUGAUGCACACCAAAAAGAACUUGACAGGAAUCAAAGGAUUAGCUGAGGCAAAAGUUGAUAAGAUCUGUGAAGCUACAGGGAAGAUAGUGAACUUUGGUUACAUCACAGGGAGUGAUGCUCUACUUAAAAGAAAGUCAGUAGUUCAUGUUACAACUGGAAGCCAGGCUCUUGAUGAACUCUUAGGAGGAGGGAUAGAAACUUCUGCAAUUACUGAAGCUUUCAGGGAAUUCAGAUCUGGGAAGACACAACUUGCUCAUACUCUGUGUGUUUCUACUCAGCUCCCUACUAGCAUGAAAGGAGGAAAUGGGAAGGUUGCUUAUAUAGGCACAGAGGGAACUUUCCGACCUGAUCGUAUUCUGCCAAUUGCUGAAAGAUUUGGCAUGGAUGCCGGAGCUGUUCUUGACAAUAUCAUUUAUGCUCGUGCAUACACAUAUGAGCACCAAUACAACCUACUCCUUGGUCUGGCAGCAAAAAUGGCUGAAGAACCUUUCAGGCUUCUGAUUGUUGAUUCGGUAAUUGCAUUGUUUCGAGUGGAUUUCACAGGAAGAGGAGAACUUGCAGAACGCCAGCAAAAGUUGGCUCAGAUGCUCUCCAGAUUGACAAAAAUUGCUGAGGAAUUUAAUGUUGCUGUUUACAUGACCAACCAAGUUAUUGCUGAUCUAGGAGGAGGUGUCUUCAUAUCAGAUCCAAAGAAGCCAGCAGGAGGGCAUGUACUUGCUCAUGCUGCAACAAUAAGGCUAAUGUUCAGGAAGGGAAAAGGAGAACAACGCGUAUGCAAGGUGUUUGAUGCACCAAAUCUUCCCGAGAGUGAAGCAAUAUCCUUUCACUGUUAAAUGUUUACUUCUGAAUUUUCUUACAAGGGUAUCAUAAUUAAGUUAAGUCCA